AAAACCAAAGUGGUUGCGACGUAAUAAAUUUGACAUGUAAACAUUUUUGUUCGUCAUAAACGGAUGAACUUCUUUUGUGUUUUUCAGUGUUUUCACAAUCUUUAAAAUUGAUUGAGAAGCAAAUAAUUAUAGACACCAGGAAAUAAGUGAUUCAAGCAAAACCUAAACAUGAGUUCUAAGAAGAAAGAUCUGGAAAUCAUCUACAAUUUGCAGUGGAAAAGUAAGCCAGCAAAUGGAGGUGACAAAGCAAAUAUUAUCGGGAUGUACGACAUCCCUGCUACCACCCUCAACUGGGAAAUCUUCAAAUCCUAUCUGCUCAAAAAUUCAGGCACAGUAGGAGUUGAUGUCAAAGUAUCAUACAUCACAGAUAGCAAUAGGGAAUUCCCUAUUGAAUCUCAAACUGACUUUCAAAUUGCUUUGUAUGCUUUUCGACGUAAGGCUAGGAUGGGAGAUAUUGUCAACCUGAAACUGGAAAGAAUUUCUGAGCAGCCAUUGUAUAAGAAUAUUCGUCAUUCUAAUGAUGUUGAAACACAGUUCAGUAAUGAAGCUACUCCUCUUGUUUCUAAGUGCUGUAGCUCAGCAUCACCUCCAGAAUGGUUUACAGCUUAUAUGGCUCAGUUUAAGAAAAACUGGACUGAGGAAAUAACAGCCACAAUGUCUUGCAUUGUUUCUAAUAUAAAACCGCAUACCAUAAGCCAGCCUACUUGCUACCAUAUGCGCAAAUCUAAACCAGAAAGUUCCAAAAGGAUUCGAAAGCUACCACUACUGACUGGAGAAUCUUCUCAUGAGACCAAGGACAUCAUCAAGACCCUCAAGAUCGAGGGUAAGCUCGAGCGAAAGCUGGAGAAACUCGAACACAAAACUAAGAAGAUCAGGGACAAGAAGAUGGCGCUCUUCGCGAAGUCCAGCGAUAGCGAGGCAGGCCACAGCAGCGGCAGAGGCCACGGCCGCACUCGCAAACACCCGUUGCCGCAGCGCGACGGCGAAGAAAAAGAAGAGGAAAUGACUCGCAAACACCUGUUGCCGCAGCGCGACGGCGGAGAAGAAGAGAUCACUCGCAAGCACUUGUUGCCGCAGCGCGAACGUGAAGAAAAAGAAGAGGAAAUUAUUCGCAAACACCUGUUGCCGCAGCGCGAUGGUGGAGAAGAGGAGGAUGAGAUUGCGCAGAUGGGUGCUAGUCCGGUGAACACGCAGGAGAUAGUGCCGCAUAUGCUAGGCGGGGAGGUUUACUUGCACCAAUGGGAGGUCAUCAAUACUGGGAAGCUACCAUGGACUAAACAAACUGCUCUAUUAUUCACUUGGGGCUCAAAAGCUCUGAAGCCUUUGGAUACAAUUGUGCCUGUUCCCCAUUUGAAACCAGGAGACAUUGGAAAGUUAUCUGUUCGUUUACAGGUACCAAAUUAUCCCGGUCAAUAUGAAUGCUACUGGCACUUCCAUCACAAGGAGCGUCGUUUCGGGCACUGGCUCGGCUGCCAGAUCAUCGUCGACGAGUUCAACUUGAAGGGAAACAAGUCCGUCCUGGAAACAUCUUAUCAGUCCCGACAGCCGAAACCGGUGAAGCCGUCUGUUGCAGGCGACUUCUAUCGUAUCGACGGUGACAGCAUGGUGAAACAAUAUUCCAAUGUUUGGCAAGGCGCUGCUCCAUCAGACGGCAGAUGCACAUUGAACCUCGACCUGCCGCUCAAAGCAGAAGAAGCGGCCAAUAUCAACGACGAAGAAAGCGAUUCCGCCAAGCAAGAUCACGAACAGCUCGUGAGGCGCAUCAGCGUAGGCAUCGAGGACAUCAAACUUCAAGACCCCACCGAUACCAAUGACAGCGAUUCCGAUAAUCAGAGCAUAGUGUCACUCACCGAGAGCAACUCCUCCAAAGGGUAUUCCCAAGGUUACGUAGUGGUGCCCUUACCGGAAUGCUUCAAGAUCGACAAUAUGUUGCCCAUUGAAAAGACGGACGAAGGUAUGUCGAGCGAUUCCGUCAAAACUGUCGUUCCACCUGUCAUUGAAGUUGAACCGAUCGCCACCACGAAGGUGCCUGCUGUCACUGCUACUGCUUCGGCAGAUAAAUCCGAGGCUGUGGACGAACAAGGGGACUGUUUCGACAGGAACAAUAACAGCGAAGAUGUCGACCAGAACUCUGCCGGAUCGGUCCAGAAAGCGGACGACGCUUGUUCGACUUCCAGUCGCAAGUCUGAUAUAGUUAUGGUGACUAUGCCCGAGGGUGCUGAAAAAGACAGCGAGGAAUAUGCCUAUGUCAUCGUCGAUGGGCAAAGGGUGCCGAUUCCCAAGAAGAUAAUCAAAUCCGAGUAUUUGCAAACUAUCGUGCGCAGCCCCGAAUCUACGCCAGAUAAUAUAUCGAGGUUUUCUAGCGCUAACUCUUCAGUCGAAAUUCUGAACAAGGAAGAACUGCCGGAUCAAACACAAAAGGAAGUGCCUGCUACCAUUGACACCGCCUUGGCGGCCGAUCCGAAACCGCAAGAACCUAUCGAGACCGCCGAGAACCCGGACUGCUCCGGCGAGCUGCUUUCGCACUGCUCGGCGGCGGGGUCCUGCUUCUCGGACGCGAACGGCGCGCGGCUGUUCGUCUUCCCGCAGGACUGUCCCGGCUACGAGGUCGUCUAUCCCGCCGACGAGUUGGCCAGGACCGCCGAGGGGUGCGAGUACACUUGGGCCAAGUCUGAAACACACUACGCCUACCCCAACCCCGAUGACCCCAGCGCCCCCGCCCACCCUUUGCAAGACCCCCUCGUUCCGACGCCCAUCGCCAACACCGCCUCCCUUGCCGGAGAAAGCAACCCCUCCGCAGCCGCCCUACCGACACCCGAUGGGCAGACGGCCACCCCACCGAAUCCCCACUGGCGAACUGCCGACCCGCAGCCGCUGAAUUUGUCGACUGGCGUGCCGGUCUGUCGUCAAGCGACUGCCCAGGAAGCCGCCCGAGGGGCACAUGUUGAUCGUGAGAUCCCCGAGGGUCCUUUCACUGCGACAUCAACCCCCCAGAGCCAUGGGGAGAGCCCCAUCAGGGAUUUUCUGGCAGCUGAAAGGGCUAGAAAACCCGCGCCCAAGGCCACGAGUUCGGAGGCCCUGUUUCAGGGGGCAAGCACGGUAUUCAAUACCGCUAGGUCAGUCAUCAACAGGAUGGUGCCUCAAGAGCUGCCCUUCUUACCAGCUAAUGACGUUCCACAGCAACCUGGCAAAUGGGUCAACGGGCACUGGGUGAGCACCAACCCAGAGACGCCGCGCGAGGCCAAUCUGCAGGCCCUCGCUGAGAUGGGCUUCUGGAACAGAGACCUCAACGCCACCCUCUUGGCCAGAUACGAGGACGAUUUGUCCAGAGUGGUAGCAGAGCUGGUGCAAUGAGCAACGAGCUCACAAUGUAGAUGUUACAUUACAUGAUGAUUACAUUAACCCUAUUCUUGUGGUUCAAUGAAGAUAUGUUAUAGGUCGGUCAUCUGACAGUUCUUGCACGCAACCCAUUCAAUAAUUUGAUAAUCAAUAAGUUGUUUUGCCCCACUGAACUAUGUGACCCUCAGUGAGUGGGGGGAGUACAAGUACUAGAUCGCGAUAGCCAAAGAUAUUUCACUGUAUCUGUAAAAUAUUACUCAAUCCACUUAAUUUAUAAUCCCGUCUUUGACGUCAUGAGCGUGUUGCACAGCCUCAUAUAUGCACCUGACCUGCAUAAAAUACAGCUGACGUCACCACGUAACCAUAUAGGUGUUUGGGAUUGACAUCCUUGUAGAGAGAGAGGGAAUGAAACCACCAUACGAGUGAGACACGACGUCGUUACUAGAGAAAGAUGGACGGGCCGUGAGUAAUGACAUCGACAAACAAGAGAGAGAUAACGAAUAGCAAACUGCUGAUAAAACUAUACCCGUCUUUGUUACAUAAGCUAACAUGAUGAUGAUGAUGAUGGUUCUCUUCUCUUUAUCUUUGCAAUGCUUGUGAAGGACAGAGUGACAAGAUUGACAAGGUGCAUCUAGUACUCAGCUUACAUAAAAUAUUAUAUCUUUGGAUGUCACAAGAAUCUUAAAGCAAUAUACAAUCAUUCAUGCUAUUUUAUUGGAUUUGGAGAUGUUGGUAUUGUUUGCUUGUUAUAUAUGGGGGUAUAUUCUGAGUGAUCUUGACAGGAAGGCAACCUUGGACAAAUAUGCUUGCUUCUUCAAACUUAUUUUUAAUGUAACUUCAUUGAACUUCAGUUAUCGUUUUAUGUGUUUGAGGUACAUAAUAUAGACUAUAGGACUGUAGGAUGGUGAAGGAUAGAAUGACACAUUCAUUGAAAUAAUUAAGAUGAAAGGUUGGUAGAGCUUACAAACAUCAUACAUUAUUAUAGAAUGCAAUGUUUCAAUCUAUCCUGUAUUUUAUUUCAUAUAUUUUAUAUAGGAUAUGUCAGAUAUUGUUGUGGUAGCAGUGGUAGGAUUAAUCUAAUGAAAAUCUCAUAUAUGGAAUUAGAAGUGAAGGCAUUUAUGUUUGGAGGAUUUAAAUAUUGAUGAUUUAACAAAGGUUUGGGUAUGUAUCCACUUUUUUUUUUUGUAUUGGUGAUAAGUAGAUUUCUGGAUGGUCACAGUUUCACUUCACAGCUUUUCAUUGUAUAUCUCAAUUGGUGUUUGGUUUUCUUGUAGUGAAUGUAAUACUUGGCAAAUAAUGCAUUAAUAUUAAAUAUAUAAUCUUUUGUGAUACUUAAAGGACUUAUUAGAGAUACCUACCUGUAUUGUUUAUUUGACUAAAUUGGAAUCUGAGUUUCUGAGAUUUUUUUAUAGUUUAGUGAACAAUUAUAGGAGCUUGCAUAAUGUUAAUGUGGUUUGAAUAAAUUUU